UGAUCGGUACCUGUCUGCACAAUUAUUAUCCCUGAUGUCAAAUCGAACGAAUUUCAACGGCCUCUAUGGGUGGAAAAGGCUCAAAUUUGGUCCCGUUUGUAUUGGCUUGGGGACGGUAGUUCUUUUGUGCGGCACUUGGUCUCGUGUUUCACCCAAGUUUGAGCUAAAGACUCGUAAUUACAAUCUAGAACUGGAGCGUGAGCUGACAUUUUUAUAUCGCAAUGUUGAAACUUUUAUGCUUUUCGUUGGACGUCCAAGAAGCGGUCACAGUUUGGUUGCUGCCAUUUUAGAUUCCCAUCCAGAAAUAGUUAUUUCGGAUGAGUUUAAUCUGCUUUAUAAGUUUGACAGUUUCUUUAUGGAUCCUAGCCAAACAAACGAUGAGCGCAAGCUGAGGAUAUUCUAUGACAUACAUACUCGUUCGCGCAGACAGGCCAUGUUUGGUAGUCGUUCGUCAAUUUGCAACAGCUCCGUAUCCUACUGCUACAACAUCAAAGGAGGCUGGCAAGGUGAUUGCAAAAGUAAACUUAAGGUAAUUGGAGACAAAAAAGCAUCUGUAACUACCGCACGUUUACAUCACGAAAAAGGGCUUCACGAUUUGCGAAAACUGGAGAAAGUGCUGGGAAUUCCAAUCAAACUGAUUAACGUCAUCAGAAAUCCAUUUGAUAACAUUGCUACUAUAUGUAGAAGGAGACUAGGUGUGAAUCCUAGAAGUCAUCAAAUGGUACGCAACACAACAGCGUUGGACUUUUGCAUUGAUUUUUUACUUCACUAAAGUGCGGACAGUUCAAUAUCUACGUGAUCUGAGGUACUACCAGAUCCUGAAUGUAUGCAGCCGGGAUUUGCUGACAAAUCCACGACGCACUUUACAAAUGUUAUGUGACUUUGUUGGUGUUUCUUGUUACAAUGAAUUUGUCGAAUUAGCAACAAGAGAUCUCUAUUCCAAAUCAUCUCGGUCUAGGUAUUUGAUAGAAUGGAGUAACGAACAGAAAGAGAAAGUCAUGGAAGAAAUCCAGAAAUGUAGCUUUUUGAAAUCUUUAUUUUCGUUUGACAGUGAUUAGUGUCACCAUUAGACUUUGACACUUAUUAAUCAACUUUAUCAUGUUGAUUUAAAACUUUCCUUGUAAUUGCAUACAUGUUUCUGUUACUGUUGUUUGUUUUAUCCAAUCAGUAUUUUGUUCUACAGUUUAAAUUCAACUUUGUACUUUGUCAAAUCAGAACUGAAGGUGACAGAAGAACUGC